AUGUUUAUUCGAUCUCUUUUCGCAAUUGGCCUGGCGCCAUUGCUCGCAAACGCCUAUUUGAGCGGCUCCGUCGGCCCAACAACAUCCGCCGCAACGAAGUCCGCUAACAAGGUCUGUAACGUCCUCGACUACGGCGCCGUGGCAGACAAGUCGACCGAUAUAGGCUCGGCUCUUAACUCAGCCUGGGUUGCCUGCAGAGACGGUGGUGUGGUAUACAUCCCGCCUGGAGACUACGCUUUCUCGUCAUGGGUCACUCUCAGCAGUGGUAAGAACACCGCUAUCCAGCUAGAUGGUAUCCUCUAUCGGACUGGUACCGAUGGUGGAAACAUGAUCAUGGUCAAGCACACCACCAACUUUGAGAUGUUCAGUUCAACCUCAAAGGGUGCUAUCCAGGGCUUAGGAUAUGAGUUCCACAAGUCCGGAUCGACUAGUGGCCCUCGUAUCCUAAGACUGUAUGAUGUUACAGACUUCUCCGUCCAUGAUUUGGCUCUUGUCGAUGCCCCUGUUUUCCACUUCUCGCUUGAUACUUGUCAGAAUGGUGAGGUCUAUAACAUGGCUAUUCGCGGUGGUGACAAGGGUGGACUUGACGGUAUUGAUGUUUGGUCUACCAACAUCUGGAUUCAUGAUGUCGAGGUUACCAACAAGGACGAGUGUGUGACUGUCAAGAGUCCCGCCAAGAACAUCCUGGUCGAGAACAUCUACUGCAACUGGAGUGGUGGCUGCGCCAUGGGCUCCCUCGGCACUGAUGUCGAUGUCUCCGAUAUCACCUACCGCAACAUAUACACCUGGUCGUCCAACCAGAUGUACAUGAUCAAGAGCAACGGUGGCAGCGGCAACGUCGAUAACGUCCUCUUGGAGAACUUCAUAGGCCACGGCAACGCCUACUCCCUCGACAUCGACGGCGCCUGGAGCAGCAUGAGCAAAGUCUCCGGCGACGGCGUCCAAUUGACCAACGUUACAGUCAAGAACUGGAAGGGAACCGAAGCCAACGGCGCCCAGCGCGGCCCGGUCAAGGUCAAGUGCGCCGCCAAAGUGCCCUGUAAGGACGUGACUAUCGAGGAUUUCGCUAUGUGGACCGAGUCUGGCUCCUACCAGGUCAACACCUGUGAGAGCGCCUAUGGCUCCGGUGAAUGCCUCAAGGAUAGCGAGGAUUAUACCUCGUAUACCACCACUGUUACUGUCAAGUCUGCCCCUACUGGCUACUCUGCUGCGACUAUGGCUUCGGAUCUGAAGGAGGCAUUCGGUACUGCCUCGUCUAUUCCUAUUCCUGCUAUUCCUACUUCGUUCUACCCUGGUGCCACUCCUUACAGCUCGCUUGCUGGUGCUCAAGCUACUUCGUCCUAG